UCUUUUCGUGACAUUUGAAGCAGUCGGUCGGGCAUUAUUGGCGUGCAAAAAUGCACUGGGAAUUUUUCACAAAUUACAACUGAUCGCGGAGUAGGACAGAGUUGCGUAAAUCGUGUCGCCGCGCGUACUCUGACAUUCAGAUAAUAAUUUAUUUGAAGAGGUCAAAAGGUGUUCGGCAAAGUGAUAUAUAUUCUACCAGCCCAGACACGAUAAGGAACGAAACGAGCUUGCUUAAUCGCAAAUCCGCGAGUCACUUGCUUGCAGAGUGUAUCGCGUGAUAGGAUCUAGAAUUGUAUUUGAGUAAGAGAAAUAAUCGAGAGUGAAAAUAAAUCGGGAAUUAAAUCGAGAUCAGUUCUUUUACUAAAUUUUCAUUCGCCUCCACUUGACUCUAACGGCUGAUUAUCGGUCAAUGAACAACUAUACUGUAAACCUUAUCUUUUGAUAGUUUCAAGAGUGAUGUGUAUCUUUUAAAACUCUCACCGAUCGUCGAAAGUGCGGCCUACUGCUACUGCUCAAACAGCGUGAGUGCCCGACAAUCGAAACAAAAGAGUCGAUUUGAAUUUCAUAUACGAGUCGCGUUGUACGCCUGAUCCACGCACGCCCACGCACACUUGGAAGUAUAAGUUUGAUUGCGAGCGAAUGAAGAGUGAAAUUAGAAAACAGGAACGAGAUAAUGAUGACAAACUGUUAGUCACGCUACACCGACUCUCUCUGCAGCUGAGGACCACAUUACAAACCGGAGAAAGAACAAAAAGACGAUUCCGAGGGGUUCAACACCGUGUCACAUUCAUGUGGUAACAAAAAAAAAGAUGACCGGAGCCGAUCAUUUCUUCAAAAUGGAACCCGAAGCUACUUGGCUAUCGCAGAUCACCCAAGAAGCCAAUCGCAGCAUGCCGAUCAUCGAUAGCGAGCAUUCAAGGUUUUCCAGACCGCUGAGAAAUUUCGCCGCAACCGCGGCAAUUUUGAUAUUGGUAACCGGGGUGCUUGGAAAUCUUUUGACAAUCAUAGCACUCUGCAGGUACCCGAAAGUCCGGAACGUAGCCGCUGCUUUCAUAAUUAGUUUAUGCGUGGCGGAUUUCAUCUUCUGCCUGCUCGUGCUGCCCUUUGACUCUAUACGUUUCAUCGACGGUGGAUGGGCUGAGAACAAUUUCCUCUGUCACCUGGUGCCGUUCUUGAGAUACGGCAACGUCGGCGUCAGCUUGCUCUCCGUGGCUGCUAUCACGGUCAACAGGUACAUCAUGAUAGCUCAUCACGAGAUAUACAACAAGGUUUAUAAAAAGCAUUGGAUCGCGUUAAUGAUCCUGUUCUGCUGGUGCUUUUCUUACGGUAUGCAAGUCCCGACGCUGUUAGGAAUUUGGGGCAAAUUCGAUUACGACCCCAAUCUCGAGACCUGCUCCAUCGUCAAGGACGCCCAGGGUCACAGCUCCAAGACCUUCCUGUUCGUCAUGGGAUUCUUAAUACCAUGCAUCAUGAUCGUGGGAUGUUAUGCGAAGAUAUUUUGGGUUGUUCACAGAUCCGAAUCACGAAUGAGAAAACACGCUGCACCGACUAUCAAGUCACCGCACUCACCCAGGAAGGAUGUCAGGGAGAUAAAACAGCGGAGAAGCGAGUGGCGCAUCACCAAAAUGGUCCUUGCUAUUUUCCUCAGUUUCCUAGCUUGCUAUUUGCCCAUCACGAUCGUCAAGGUCGCCGAUUCUUCCGUCCAGCAUCCUGGACUCCACGUUGCCGGCUACCUUUUGCUUUACUUCGCCUCCUGCGUGAAUCCAAUAAUCUACGUGAUAAUGAACAAGCAAUACAGGCAGGCUUACGCCGGGGUUAUAAGCUGCUCGAGUAUCCGGGCAUCGCUAACUCCUCACGGGAGCAGCGCGCCAGCACAGAACAAUUUACACCAAGUUUCAGGUGUAGCUGAUUCGAACUACCCAAAUAUUUUUUUACUUAAAACCAUUCCAUGAAAACCACAGUCGGACGUUUGCAUGUUCGGUGGCAGUGAAUAUAG